AUGGAUGGUACACAUAUUUUAAUUACCAAUCUAACUAAUAGUAGAGGAAGAUUUAUAAACAGAAAAAGACAUGCAAAUAUAAAUUUUUUUAUACCGACUAACGCAAAUUUUAAAAUAAGAUAUCUUUUUGGCGGCAUAUUUGGAUCAUCACAUGAUUUAACUGUGUUUAAAUUGUCAAAAACUAAAGAAUGGUGUGACAAUAUUUUUAUUGAUACUAAGUUAAAUUAUCAUAUAUUGGGUGAUGCAGCAUAUCCAAAUUUUGAUUAUAUUAAAAAUCAUUUAAAGAUAUACUAA